AGUAUCAACAUUCUUGACAAGGUAUAGCUGCUUCGCGUACGCCUGUGUGCUCGUGGCACCACCGGUGACCAUCCACUUGACACCCACAGCUUGCAAACAAGGACUCUCGGCAAGUCGCACAAUAAGCCUCGGCGCAGUACUUACAACGGGAAACACCGACGUACACAGGCAUCGCAGCAGAUACCUUGCGACAUGGACGAAGUGGGCUUGAUUCCCUGGCGUUGUCCGAUUCUAGAGCUUCCUGCGGAGAUCCGCAUCGAGAUAUAUCGACAUCUUUUUGCUGACGCUCAGCUGUUUCUGCAAGGAAAAGCAAAGUUCUUUCACUGUGGUCCAGAACUCUGCUCCUGUGAUUUUCCCUGGCAGAUCCUGGGUACGUGCCGGAGGCUCCGACAAGACGCGCUCCCAUACCUGUUAGCGGCAACGACGCUCCGGUUUGCUAGCACACUUGAGAAUGCCGACCGACUUCCACAAAACUACCUCGCGGCUAUAUCACAAGCUGUGAUCUGCAGGGUAGAUGCCAUCGGUAGUGGGCCUCUUCAGCUGGAAAGGUUUCGAGGCCUGAAGGUCCUAGAAGUGCGGGACCUUGUUAUCUGGUGCAAGUACUAUGAUCAAGCUUACCUUGAGACCCCUACUGCAGACGAAGGCAUGAUUGGCCUUGCCCUUUUCAACCUGAAGAGAUCUACCCUCAAUCUCACCAUAUGUUAUUUCGAUACGCAGCGGGUAUUCAAAAUACUGCUUCACUGCCACUUUGUCACAUCGUCGUCCAGCAAAAGUAUUGUAAGCCGAAAGUUCUUCUCCUCUUCUCUUCUUCCUCCUCCUGCUCGAAUGGGAACUAAUUGUAUGCAACAGCAUGCCAUCAUCGACCUUGAUGAGAAGGCUGUGAUACACAAGUCAAGAGGGCCGCCGAUUCGGGAUAGGCAUACGUGGGCUGGCUUUUACUAGGUUUCGCCGAUGGGUAUUGAGAUGGACGUCAGGAUGAUUCGUUCUGGCAGCGUUCGCCGAGCGUCAUACUCUCGUGUUUUCAUCUGCUGUCUGCUGGAGAAGGUGGGUGACUACUCGAAUGGCGUCGCCGACAUCGUCCGGUAUUUCACGCAAUGAUUGUCCUGGGCCUCUCUGUCAGCAUUCAGUAUGUCCUCUGCAGCAAGAGAGCUACCAUGGCGAGGCCCCUACUGCUGUGGUGACGUGGCAGUUGGCUCUGAGGCAUUCCCGGCUUCAGUUUCGUCAGUCCAGAAGUUUUACAAAAACGACCAAUGCCUUUGUAAUACGGAACACAGCAAACGAAGAGAAGACA